GAUCAUUUUCCUCGUACACUUUGCGAUCUCGAGAACGCCGUCUACAUGGACGAUAAAGAUCAUAAAGAUUUCGGUGUCCGUACUAUAUGUGACGAAAGUGAGUGGUUUGCCCCGGAAUCGACACAAUUCCGUCGCAGUUAUUAGUUUAGUGAAAACGACGAGGAAAACGAAGACACCAUUCGGAGGAAAAUGUCAAAGAUCGAAGAGGCGACCGAGCACAUACGGCAGGCCGAGAAAGCCUUGAAGACGACUUUACUGAAAUGGCGACCUGAUUUCGAGGUGGCAGCUGAUGAGUAUUCAAAUGCGGCUACAUGUUUCCGAGUAGCCAAGUCGUAUAAAGAGUGCAAAGAGUGUUGGAUAAAAGCGGGUGAUUGUUACAAACAGACCAGGUCAUGGUUCCAUGCUGCAAAGACUAUUGAGCAGGCUUUGCUCAUUAGCAAGGAAAUGGGAGAUCUGUCGAGUGUAUCUCAGUUGGCCCACAGUGCUUGUAGUCUCUUUCAGCAACAUGGUUCUCCUGAAUCUGGUGUAACUACUCUCGACAAGGCGGCAAAGAUGUUAGAAGCUAGUCAGCCUGAACAAGCCUUGGAGCUGUUCAAACGCGCAGCUGACAUAGUAAUGGGUGAGGACAGCCCACGGCAUGCGGCCGAGUACAUGAGCAAGGCUGCGAGAUUGCUGGUGAAGCUGCAGAGGUACGACGAAGCGGCGGAUGCUAUACGUCGAGAGAUCGGAAUGCAUCAGCAGAUAAAGCACUGGCAGUCCAUAGGCCGACUAACCGUGGCGUUAGUGCUGGUGCAGUUGGCGCGGGAUGACCAAGUAGCGGCGGAGAAAGCAUUUAAGGAAUGGGGCAACUACUGCGAAUCUCCCGAGGUGCAAACGUUGGAGACGUUGCUUCAAGCGUACGAUAACGAGGACGCGGAUUCGGCUAGGGCGGCAUUAAAUAGUCCUUUUAUCAAACACAUGGAUGUGGAAUAUGCUAAAUUGGCACGGGGCUUGUCUCUACCUCAGCAGCAGUAUUCUGUCCCACCUGCUGGAGUGAGGGCAAAUGCUGCAGAAUCUUAUGUGUCUCCUAACGCAUCAAAAGCUUCGGGUCAAUCCACAGUUGAAGCGGAAGUUAAUCAUGCGGCUAAUCAACCGACAGAAAAGAAGGCAGAGCUAGGUGCUUCUGCGCCACCACCAGUGCAAAAAAAGGAUGAGGAGGAAGAUGAAUAUGAGGGUGGCCUAUGUUGAUCAUAUAUAUAUAUAUAUAUAUAUAUAUAUAUAUAUACCUAUAUAUUAUAGUAAAAUCCUCUAAUUGGCAUGCUUGCAAAAAAAUGUACCUGUAACAUGUGCAUGUGUAUUGACAUUUAUGUACAUUGUACGUUUUCUGUCGAAAGCACACUGUUGGCUUCGAAAGAUAAUUCAUGUUGUUAACUUCUCAAAACUCUAUAACAAUUGUUUCUCUAAUAUUGUAUGUGCUUUUGAUAAUUUGACUGUUCGCAGUUUAAUCCACUCAUUAGCAUAGCCUUUAUGACUUUUACUUAAUAAUUAACUAAUGUUUUCCACAUGUUUGGACAUUUUAAAUAAUAAGAUAAAGAUGAAACUAAAUAUAUGAUACACUUAGUUUUUCAGCACUGCUCUAGCGAUCGUUAUACUGAAAUCUGUUAUGAUUGCGAGAGUUUACGAGUUAAUAAAAACGUACAAUUCUAAAUCUCUUCCAAA